CUCGCGAGACUUGUCAUGUUUUAAAGUUUCAGGCGCUGCUGCCUGUGCCAUCUGUCAGAGAAAUAAGCUCCAGGAUGCCGCCGUUCAGGCAAUGGGGAGACUUCUUUCCCGGCUGGAAAACACCGGCUAAUGGCACCGACUUUCACGACAGACUAAUCAGCAACCUACUUUAUUACCAGACUAAUUAUCUGGUACUCAGUACUGCUGUUUACAUCAUUGCAGGGUUCAAGGACCCGGUGGGAGUGGGCACCGGCACCGCCGUUAUGUUGGCCGUUUUUCUGCUCUCAGCUUGUGUCGGAGAACUGCCACUUAUUGUCGGCUUGAAGAGAAGGAGUCCCUUAACGUUUCUUAUCAUCGACAUUAUAGCCGUUCACUUCGUGGCUAAAACCUUUGUAGGUAUCAGGACAUUUUUGUCAGCUACCGCUAUAUGCCUGGCCGUGACUGUUUCACAUGCUUCCCUUUGCAACCGCAACGUGAACGAGGUGGCGUGCAUUAAAGAAGCCCAGAAGCUGAAGGGGUCACCGAUGGGCUUUUUAUUAAAGGCUCGCGGGAAAGAAAAGGAAAUGAACAACUAAAGGAGACAGAAUGAUUGAAAAGGCACUUUUUUCCCCCCCAGAUGAAACAAAAAUGCUUCCUCUAUGCUCAUUAACCUUGUUAAAGUUCCUCUUUUGAUAUUAAGGGACCGACUGUAACUGACAAACUGCAUCUUUGCUAGUGAAUGUUUUCCGCCGCUCUGAGGAGCGUCUCUCUGUCCUGCACUAAAUCUGUUGUGUGCACCACAGCUACAUCCUUCAUGGUUAAGAAAUCUACAUACAUGUCGGUGCUUGUCGUGAGUAAUUUAAUGAAUAAAAGAAAUACAAGAAAGCUAACCAGUCUUGACAUUACAACAGGCUUUCUCAAUUCUUUUGAGACACUUUUAGAAAAUACUAACUUAAGAUUUAUUCAUGAAAUAAAGGCUCGAUAUCCUGUCUUGCACAUAUUUUUUAAAAUUCUGACAGCAACAGAAUCAACAGAGCAACACUGAAAUGCCUCACUUUAUGCAGAUGAUAUUUUGGUUUACCUCUUUGAUCCCUGUGCCUUUUUCAAAGACUUUCUUUUUUAAAUUUUAAGAUUUGUUGGCAAAUUGGCAGAAUUCAGUUCACACGUUCUAAAAAUAUAAAGUUUUGAUAUUGACUUAUUUUCUUCUUCACUAGCAGCAAUAAUGACACAUGAUCUUGAAAUGUUUAAUGAAAGAAUGGCUCACCACACUUUCUAAAAUCAACCUCCAAUCUUUUAAGGUCUCUGUCAGCUUUAGAUAUUUAGAGAUGAAUCGUUUUGCACAUUCUUCUUUUCCAAAUAGCUUAAAUUCAACCAGACUGGAUGGAGACUUCCAGAUUAUCAGUUGGGUUAAGGUCUGAACUUUGGGCCAGCAUAAUAUUCCCAUAACCAUAUUUCAUCAUGGCGCAUUCAGACUUACUGUUUUGAUUGUAACACAUAUUCUUUUUGUAUGCUGGCCAAAAUAUUUACUUUUGGUUCCAUCUGAUCAAAGCACCUUCUUGUUUGUAUCAAGAGCAUUUGAUCAGACCUCGACUUUUCCUGCUGUGUUUUUUGGUUUUGAUGUCGUUUGUAGCUAAUGUUACUAAUAAAAAACUCAACAGUGUCCUUUAAUAUGCCGUUUGGCAGAUCUUUUCUUGUUUUUCUCUCCAAGAUCUGCUUUAACAUGUUCGUGUGGUCAUAAAACGCUAUGCUUCAUAAAUAAAGAACAUAAAAACACAAA